AUGACUGAGCGGAAAGUUGCCUCAAAACCGAUUCAGUUCACUGUCAUUCACAACCCGACAAGGUGAUACUACAGAACACAUCGCUUAUUAAUGAAGAAAAACUCUUCUAUAGAAUCGCACUUCGGAAUAGCCUAAAAUAAGACUGAGCUUUUAUGCACGGGAAAGUUACUACUCUUCAACUUUAAUCUUCGGACAUGCCACCUCAAAUGGAUUAUUAUUAUGAAGAAUCCCGCGUCCCCUCUUCAUGCGGAUUGAUAAACCAAGAGGCCGGGUUGGAGAGGGAGUCAGCGCCGGGGUUGGAGAGGGAGCCAGCGGCUAUCAGCUGUAUGCUGGUGGGGGACGGUGCGGUGGGAAAGACAAGCAUGAUAGUCAGUUACACCAGCAAUGGAUACCCAACGGAAUACAAACAGACCGGCUUUGAUGUCUUUUCAGGUCAGGUACAAGUAGGAGGAGCCUCAGUCAGAAUACAACUACUGGACACAGCUGGACAGGAGGUGUUUGACGAUUUCCGCUCCCUCUCCUACUCCCACACGGAUGUCUUCCUGCUCUGCUUCAGUGUGGUCAACCCCACCUCCUUCCACAAUGUCACCCACAAGUGGAUCCCAGAGAUCCGAGCCUGCAACCCCUCAGCUCCCAUCAUCCUCGUGGGCACCCAGUCCGACCUCCUGCUGGACGUCAACGUCCUGAUCAACCUGGCCCGCCGCGGGGUCAAACCGGUGCUGACCAAUCGGGCGCGGAGCGUGGCGGUGAAGAUCAGAGCGGCGGACUAUGUGGAGUGUUCUUCGUUGACGCAGAAGAACUUAAAAGAGGCGUUCGACGCGGCCAUCUUUGCUGCCAUCACACACAAGGCCAGGAAGGAGAAGAAGAGGCGGUUGUCGGACAGACGCAGCAAGGCCUUCUCUAAAUGCAGCUGGAAGAAGUUCUUCUGUUUUAUCUGAGAUGAGAUCCCAUGGGUCCUGGACAGAAUAAUGACUAUUAUUAUUUAUUAACUUAUGAAGACUAAGAACUUGUAGCUUUGGAAUCGUCGCAGAAUUGGUAAAUGAACUGAGUUCUACUGGUAGUCCUGGACUGAAGACAGUGGUAUAGCGUACUUCACUAGCCCUUGCAGGUAACCAAGUAAGAACGGGUACUGAAGCGUAAUAAAGACAAGAGAAAAUCAAAACCCAGGACAUUGAGUACAUCUUGUCAGUGGGACAAGGCUGUCAGGUAAAUGUUGUGAAUUCCUUUGCAUGGUCUGUAUUGGUGCCUUCUCCAACCUGAGAGCUUACUGGGCUGCCUCUGUGUGAUAGUCAGUGGGUUGUGAGAGAGAAGGAUAUUUUUUAGGUCGUCAGGUGUUGGUUGUUAGCCUUUUCUCAUUUGCAUUUUUGCUGCCCAGCCACACAAAACAAGGCCUAUUCAUAUUCAACAGUGUAUGUAGGCUGAAGUCACAGGGCUAGGCUAGGUGCUACCUUCUUACCUGUGUGUGACCUGGGAAUGGCUUCCACAGGCCAUUGUGUUGGUUAGGGUGGCACGUAGCCUAGCGGUUAGGGCAUUGGACCAGCCACUGACGAGGUAAAAAAAAAAUCACACGGCACUUUUUAUUGACUUUAUUUUUUAUUCCACCUUUAUUUAACCAGAUAGGCCAGUUGAGAACAAAUUCUCAUUUACAACUAGGACCUGGCCAAGAUAAAGCAUAAGCAGUGUGACACCAACAACAACAACAGAGUUACACCUGGAAUAAACAAACGUACAGUCAAUAACACAAUAGAAAAAGUCUAUAUACAGUGUGUGCAAAUGGCAUGAGGAGGUAAGGCAAUAAAUAGGCCAUAAUUGCUCCAGGGUCGCGACCCCACUCUCCGAGGGUGUCUCAGGGAGAGUUGGGAUGUGCCAAAAACCCACAUAGGACUAAUAGGAAACAGGACAAAUAUAAACACCCACCAAAUGAAUGAUUUCAAUUAUUAAGCUUUGAUGCCGGGGCGGCAGGGUAGCCUAGUGGUUAGUGUUGGACUAGUAACCGGAAGGUUGCGAGUUCAAACCCCCGAGCUGACAAGGUCGUUCUGCCCCUGAACAGGCAGCUAACCCACUGUUCCGAGGCUGUCAUUGAAAAUAAGAAUUUGUUCUUAACUGUUAACUGCCUAGUUAAAUAAAGGUACACCUCUCACCUACCAACCAAUGUCACAUACAGAUGUUAUUGCUGGUGUUGUGAAAUGCUUUUAAUAUUUUUUUUUAGAACACAUUAAAAAAACAAAAUUCUGCAAAGUUGCCUCUGCAGAAUGUUCUGUUGCGUUUGCAGCCUAAAUGCCUCUGCAGAAUGUUCUGUUGCGUUUGCAGCCUAAAUGCCUCUGCAGAAUGUUCUGUUGCGUUUGCAGCCUAAAUGCCUCUGCAGAAUGUUCGGUUGCGUUUGCAGCCUAAAUGCCUCUGCAGAAUGUUCUGUUGCGUUUGCAGCCUAAAUGCCUCUGCAGAAUGUUCGGUUGCGUUUGCAGCCUAAAUGCCUCUGCAGAAUGUUCUGUUGCGUUUGCAGCCUAAAUGCCUCUGCAGAAUGUUCGGUUGCGUUUGCAGCCUAAAUGCCUCUGCAGAAUGUUCGGUUGGGUUUGCAGCCUAAAUGCCUCUGCAGAAUGUUCGGUUGCGUUUGCAGCCUAAAUGCCUCUGCAGAAUGUUCUGUUGCGUUUGCAGC